ACGUGACAUGUUCUUGUUUUGCGCAUCCAGUUCCCGGCACAGCCUUUGGACUGGACGACUUCUCCCAAUAUCGCGGUGAAAAUGGGGACACCUGAGAACCUGUCUGGCGGUACAGGUGGGCGAAGGGAGCCCCUCAGAUUUGACCAGGAUGCGUCCGCGACGGCCGUGGACAUGGACACGGCAAUUGUACUUCUCGGAGCCGGGGUGACAGCUAUCACACACCCGCUGCUGUACGUCAAACUGCUCAUUCAGAUUGGACAUGAGCCCCUCACCCCAACUGUCGGAACCACCAUGUUUGGGAGGAAAGUAUUGUACCUACCUGGAUUCUUCUCCUAUGCACAGCACAUCGUAAGGGUUGAUGGAAAGAUGGGACUCUUCCGAGGUCUAUCCCCUCGUAUAAUGUCCAGUGCCAUCUCCACCAUGGUCCGGAGUAAAGUCAAACAGGCCGUCCCAGCAGAGCAGGCGGAGCAUGUAUCGAACAGAGACGACUUGAAGACCUCCCUCAGGAAAGUGAUGAAAGAGACCUCACAUGAGAUGGUCAUCCAGUGCCUGUCCAGAAUAGCCACUCAUCCCUUCCAUGUGAUCUCCGUGCGAUGCAUGGCUCAGUUUGUGGGGAGAGAAGUCAAGUACAGGGGGCUGUUCAGCAGCAUCACCAAAAUCUUCAACGAUGAGGGCAUUGGGGGAUUCUUUGUGGGGGUUGUGCCCCAUGUCCUGGGUGAGGUCAUCUUUCUGUGGUGUUGUAACCUCCUGGCCCACUUCAUCAACACCUACGCCGUGGACGACAAUUUCAGCCAAGCCCCAGCAGUGAGAAGCUACACCAAGUUUGUGAUGGGGAUUGCAGUGAGUGUGUUGACGUACCCAUUUAUGCUUGUGGCAGACCUAAUGGCAGUUAACAACUGUGGGUUGGUGGCUGGUCUUCCCCCUAACUCUCCCAUCUUUAAGUCCUGGGUCCACUGUUGGGCUCAUCUGAGCCACGAGGGCCAUCUCUUCCGAGGAUCCAGCUUCUUUUAUCGCCGCGUGCCUGUGACAGGGAUGGCUUUGACUGAGGAGUGAUAAAAUCAACCACCGCACAACCUGUGCCACUGUUCUCCUUCCUAACCGGUACCUCAGUGAGACCAAUGUACAACCACCCCCUCACCUUAAACCCCCCAGUGGAUAAAGCCGGAGCAGCAUGUUAUCAAUGGGCUAGGUGUUUUACUGAAGUAAAGUUACUUACAAAUGAAGAGUUUUGUUAAUCUUGUUUUUAAUCUAAAUAAUAAUGUAGCCACUCAAAAGUAAGAGGUCGGAGGAGUGAGACUUAAUGUGAACAAAUCAAAAUUAUAUCCAAUAUAUUUUGUCUUGGUUGAAUGCUGAGGGUAUAAUCUCCUUUUACUAUACCAGCAAAGUUGCACUAUUUUUUUAUUUAUUAGAAUCUAUGACUUAAUUUUGCAAUAUUUAUAGGCCACAGUUUAAUUAAGUUCUAUGUAGGCUUUAAAAUUGGAUAGUUGAUUUCCAUCUAUUGGAAAAAAUGCCAAAUGUUUAUUUUUCAAAGGGUCUCACUAGUAGUAGCAUGAUAUAUGGUUGCAUUCGAAAGUGCUAAUUUGCCUUCUAUCAGAAGUGCUUUACCCAAUAAUUAUACCUAUUCACAAACACCAUAAGCCCACAAAAACUGGAGUGCUCUCCAGUGAUGCACUGAUAUGACUUUUUUUGGCCGAUACCAAUAUCCAAUAUUUUCCUUGCCAAAAAAAACGAUACCGAUAUUUUAAGAAAUUAGCGGCCUUUUAAGCACUAGUACAGGUAAAUAGUUAACACACACACAUGGACGUGGCGGUCUAAGGCACUGCAUCUCAGUGCAAGAGGUGUCUACAGUCCCUGGUUCGAAUCCAGGCUGUAUCACAUCCGGCCGUGAUUGGGAGU